UCAUGGCUGCGUUGUAAUCUAUAAGAUUACUCCUCUGGAGUGGACUUUUCAAGUUCUAUUGCAGAGAUAAGUUUCAGGGAAUCUGGUAUAAAUAUAACCCAAAGUACUUUGAUUUGUUCUUAUAAAUUUUAUGUUUCUUGCUCAUAAUCAAGACUGUUUUCUCAGACUCUAGUCGUGAAGCAUUGAGGCAAUGUUUAAGAUAAACAUACUUUUUGCAAGCGAUAUAUAGCAUUUUAGUCAUAUUGUUAAGACUUGCUUAUGCUAUUUUUGUUUACAGAGUGAUAGUUCUCAAAUGGAUUUCUUGUGCUUGAAUUGAGAAGCGCUGGAUUAAUCCUAAGACAAUUAGUGAUAGAGUAAAUAAAUUCCCAAAAUUACAAAAAAUGCCUACGUUGACUUAAUCCACUUAAUACUUCUUUGGGUCAGGUCUCUGAAUUUUAUUGUUCAUGGAAACCUCAAUAACGAGUAAUAGAUAUAAGUAAGACCGCGAGUUGCCUUUUUAAGACUUAUUUUAUCUAAAAACUGAACUUUCUCUGCUAAUUUGUUUGAACACAACUGAGUACUUAAUUUUCCCUAUUUUUCUUCUUGAGAGUUUGAGGUACUAGAUGGCACUGAGUAAGGAACUAGCUAUAGAUAUGAUGUUCCACACCACAGCUCAUGUCUUUGACCUAUCGUGGUUGGGGUAUGCUUCAAAGAAGAUGGUAGUGAAUUAGUUUAAUGCUAAGCAUCACUCUGUUUCCUUUAAAAGGUAUUGAAGCUAUCAUACAUAUCAAAAGUCAUAGUGUUGCCACAAUUUUAUAUAUUUUCAUACUUGAACCCUUUGCAUAUAUCUAUAGCUAAAGACUUUAAAAUCGUCACUGAAUUUUUAGAAGUCCCAUUACAAAUUUUGAGGAUGUAACCUAAUGUAGUCAUGGUCAUGAAUUUUUAGGAUUUUAUGAAUUUUCGUUCCUAAAGCCUGCUGAAUUUUUCUUAUAUACAGAAAGCAUUCCAAACUGUAUUUCAGACUGUUGUGGAUGCAAGGAAAAUUUUUAGGUUAUUUCAAAAUAAUCUUGAAGACUAACCUAAUAACUCCGUUUUUUCUCUUUAGUUUUGAUACCUAAAAUUUAGGUCUGAAUAUUAAGGUUAGGGACUCAGACUAGCUUUGUGACCUGCCCACUGAUAUAGGGUCUGUUAGCUUACCCCUCUUCAGUUAAUUGCAGUAUUCAGAAAAAUUAGGAAAAAUCUUGGUAGGCUAAGAAUUUUUAUUUUAAACAUCGAGGUGUCUUAGGGUCUGUAGACAUCCAUAUCAGUUGAUUUGAAUUUGCUAAGCUUUAUUCUUGCCCCUAGUCGUCAUUCUUGAGCAUAAUUUAAAAUCCUUCACAAUCCUGGUCUAGUUAAAAUUCUUGCUUAAAGUUCCAAUGUUCCUGGAAGGUCCACAAAACCGUGUUUCAAGAGCUUAAAAUGACUCCAAUCCAAUUCUCAGCUGGUAUGAUUGUUUUAGUGAUCAACUGGAUAAAUUUGAAAUUUUCUCCCAGAUUAAUCUUUGAAAUAAAUUGUGAGUAUUUAUAAUUUCAUAAACUUUUAAAUUAAAAUUCUUUACCUUCAUAAACGAUCGAUUUAUUCAUGGGUAAAGCUCAAGCAGGAUAAUCAUAUGUCAAGUAAGAGCUAACGGCAAGGAAAUAGGUAUGAAAAACAACAAAGAGUAUCAACAAAACUACAGCGUUAAUGACCACAUACCUUCAGAAAUCCGAAUGGUAAAGUUUUGUAUCUGCUAUUAUACUUUUAUGCUUCUCAUAUUCUGAGCUUUUGACUUUUCCGCGUGAUUUAUAGAGAGAGCAAUAUUACCCACGAUUUAAGAAGAAAAAAGGAAGAUGGUCCAACCAAGAGCACCACAUUUUCAUCACUUGCCUCAAGACGUAUGGCAAAGACUGGGACAGGCUCGAAGAACUCAUCCCAACCAGGUCAGGCUUGCAGAUUAGAUCUCACUGACAGAAAUACUUUGAUCAGAUCAAGAAGGAGCACAACACAGACAACCCCAUGGAGUACAUCCUGAAGGACAUGUGCGACAAGUCCCCGUACUACCAAUUCGACCUGCCUCAGCUGACAGACCCAGUGCUGAACCCUCAGGUGCAGAUGAUGAUGGCUCAGAGCCAGAUCGAUCACUUUGCUCAGGAGCAGAGGCUGCAGAAGCCGAAGUAUCUGAAGCAAGAUAAAGAAGAGGCUUCGAUCGACAGCUCAGGAUAUUUCAAUGGGGAAGAUUCAAACAAAAUGAAGAAGAGAGAUCUUAAGGCCCAAAUUAAGAAUAUUCAAGACUUCAACUCUUCAAGUGAAAGUAAGGAAAAGAGGCUCCAGAGAGAGUCCAACUCAGAUUCAUCAGGAAAGUUAUUCAAGAUACAGAGAGUAUCAAAGAACAAAGAAGAAUCAUUUUCAAACUCAAAUGGUGAAGUCAAGAAGAUGAGUGAUACAAAGAGUAGUGAGCCUAAAGGAAGCAUAAUGAAUAAGCCUCAGAAAGAAGUUAUGCUUAAUGUAAAGCAAGGUAAUAGUAUUGUUCUCCUGAAUAAGGCCAAGAUUGUGAUUCAAGGAACCAGAAUUGAAUCAAGUAUUCCUAUGAAGUUGCAGAAAUACGAUAAUGAUUUGAAUUUAACAAUCCCAAAGUAUCCUUGCCAGGUCAGCAUAGAGCCACUUACCUUGGAAGACGAGGAUUUGGGGUCUCAAAUAAACCAAAGAAUGGCUAGUCAGAGCUUAACCAAAAAGAUCCAGAAAUCUUUGAUGACAAAUGGAGGUAAUAGUACCAAUACCACAAGCAACAAGGAUUAUGGUGAAACUACAAUGGAUCAAUAUGGAAAUUUCUCGAAAGAAAUUGAUAUUAUUCUGAAGACCUUCUGCUGAUGUGCAAGCAAUAGUAAUUUUAAGUAGAUUUCAAUCAGAUCUAAAA